AUGACCGAUUCCACCACAUGGGCAGUGCCAGUACCGAGCUGGACUUGGCAGUCGGUCACCAAGCGAGAUGGCGAUGGACUCUCCUGCAAGCGUCCAGUUCCCACCUCUACUUCUUCCGAGGAGCCCACUACCUUUUCUACCAUGACAAGAUCAGAGGGUUCCAGCCAGCAGCCUUCCUCAGAAGAGAUCCACCCCUCAACUAAAGCCGAGACUUCUACAUCGUCACCUGAAGUGACUAGUUCCUCAACUAAAAAGCCAGGUCCCACCAUUGGUCAACGCCCCGGUUGGUUAACAGAUGCUCCCACUCUAACCGACCGUCUCUCCCCUACAAUCUCGACUCCUGAUGGUAGCUCUUGUACCAAGACGGUUACUGAGACCAUGUGUAAUCUGGGCACAGGUCGCCACGGGAAGGCUUGUGUAACCCAUUCACGCUGCGAGUCAUGGGUCAACACCAAGACCACUAGCAAGCCCAGUCCCAGCCCUACCUUGGCCAGUCCGCAGUUCACGAACAACAUCCUCCGCUGCAAUAAGGAUAGCCAGGUUUCAAACCCCAAUGCCAUCUCGUACGCUGCUCAGUCCUUCUGUCGCGAUGUCGUCGCUAAGAACAAGGAUAACGCCUAUUAUUGGUCUAACGAUAGGCUGGAAGGGAAGAAAGUGCCCUCGACAGGAUAUCACUUCAAGCUAAGCUUAGCUUCUCAGUUCGGAAGGACUGCUUGUGGAAGGCUAAUUACGACCAGUGUAUGCGUUACAUGGACGUUGCCAUCAAUGGCUGUAAUGGGGGGAAGAAGGACCAGAAAUUAG